CUCUUCCCACAAAUUGAUGUCUACAGAGGUUGUGUGUGAGUGUGUGUGAUAUUUCAGACUUUCUUUCUUCUCGGUUAUUUCACAGAGCAAAAGGGGAAAAAUAGAGUUCAUAACUUCUUUUAAUUGUAUAUUGACCAUAAGCAAUCUCAGUCUCUUUCAGACCUAGUGUCUCUUCCCGUUGAAAAAUUCCAGUCCGCCCCUUGUUUUCUCUUAUUUUUUUUUUUGUUCCUUUUGUGUGUUUCAGUUGUUUCUUGAAUCAGGGUUUCUAAUUCAUACAUAUGUAAACAAGACUGGGUUUUUGUACAUGCAGCUUUUUUGGCAUGUUUGUUUCUUAAAUUAUUCCUGGGGUUUGUGAAUUGUCGAUGAAUUUAUAUAUUUUCUUGUGGGUUUAAAGGAAACCUGAUGAUUCUAGGGUUUUGAAGGGCGGGUUUCUAAUGGGUAGUACAGGUGAAGCUGACAAGAAACGACGUCACUUUAGUUCCAUAUCGCCCACCGCCGGUGCGGCCAAGAAACAGCCUCUUGCUCCGUUAUCGGAGGAAAAAAAGCUCGAUGCAGCAGUACUUCAAUUUCAGAAUCAUAAACUCAUACAGAAGUUGGAAACUCAGAAGGUUGAGAUUAAUGCUCUCGAAGACAGAUUGUGCCAGUUGAAAGAUAAACAACUGUCAUAUGAGAAAACCUUAGCUGUGGUCAAUAGUUCGUGGGAAGAGCUGGUUGAUGACUUGGAAUCACGUUCUCAUUGCACACUGGAUUCCGUGAAACAUGGGCGAGGUUUUGGACACCACCUUAUCAAAGAUGAUGGCGAUUCACUUCCAGAAGAUGCGUUACUGAGCCGGCUCUUAGAAACAGGUGCAACCGAGAGUAGCUCGACCAGCUCAGCCAGUACAAUAUUGAAUCCAACUGAAGAAGAUAAGAAAAUAGAUGGUGGAAGGACAAAGAACCCAAAGAGCAUACUCCCUAAUAUAGUGGCUUCUUUUGAUGAUCUGAACAAUUUGAAGCAUAGAUUGUACACAGUAUCUUUGAAGACAUUCUCAUCUAAUGGACAGAGCCAGAAGGUGGUUUCUUCUGAUUUGCAGACUGAGGUUAAGAAUUUGAGAAUGGCAGUCCUCAAGCUUCACUUGAAACAUAAAUCCCUGGCUGGUGAACUGCAGAGCCAUAGAGACACUGAUGCCAAGAAUAAAGCUGUUUUGAAGCAUUUGAAAGGAGAAUUAGAGAGUACGAUUUCUGAACUGGAAGAAAGUAACCGUAAAUUGGCAAUUCUAAAAGCAGAAAGAGAUGUUGCAAAGGGGGCAUUCUUCCCUGUUCUGAAUCGAGGAAAUCAGCAGGUAACUACUGAUAAAGCAAGGGACAAGCAGAAAGAUUUGCAAGAAAUGGAGUCUUCACUGAAGGAACUAUUGGACCAAUCUACAUCUCGACUGCAUGAGCUCAAGCGUCUUCAUGAAGACAGGAUAGACAUAUUAAGACACUUAUCAAAUCUGCAGAGCAAUCUAAAGAAUGUUAAGUCUAUUUGUUCAUCCAAAGCAUAUCUCUUGCUAAAAGAUCAACUGGCUAAGGCUAGAGCAGAUGUCGCCCAAUAUCAAGCUCUUUAUGAGAAAUUACAGGUUGAGAAAGAAAGUCUUUACUGGCGGGAAAAAGAAAGUCACAUGAAAAGUGAAUUAGCUGAUGUUCUUCAUCGAACUUCAGCAGUUGCUGAUUCCAGGAUUAGCGACUUGGAAUUAGAGAUACAGAGAUACAUCAAAGAAAAAGAUCUCAUUGAAACCAAACUACAAGAAGCAUCUAAAGAACCUGGUAGGAGGGAAAUCAUUGCAGAGUUUAAAGCGUUGGUUUCAUCAUUUCCUGAGAAAAUGGGGAGCAUGCAAAAUCAUUUAGCUAAACACAAGGAGUCUGCUGCAGACAUCCAUCGUUUGCGAGCCAAUGUUAAAUCCCUUACUGAUGUUAUUGGUCGCAAGGCUAAGGAGCUGGAGACUUUGAGUUCUAGAUCGGCUCAGCAAAAUUCUGAGGUCCAAAGACUGCAAGCUAUGAUCAGUGAUUUAAAGGUAACUGAAAAAGACUUGAAGCUUUUCCUGGAAAUGUAUGGGCACCAAUUGGUGGAUUCAAGGGAAAUUAGUGAAGCUAGAAGUUCUGAGAUCAAGGCAUGGGCUCAUGUUCAGGGCCUUAAGUCUUCUCUUGAUGAACGCAAUUUGGAGUUGCGAGUUAAAGUUGCAAUUGAAGCUGAAGCAAAAGCUCAACAGAGAUUAGCUGCCUCAGAAGCUGAGAUUGCUGAGCUGCGACAGAAGUUAGAGGCCUCUAAAAGGGAAAAAGCAGGACUUUCUGAUGUCCUAAAAUCCAAACAUGAAGAAACUGAGGCCUACCUGUCGGAGAUAGAGACUAUUGGGCAGGCAUAUGAUGAUAUGCAGACUCAGAACCAGCAGCUUUUGCAGCAAAUCACCGAGAGAGAUGACUAUAAUGUAAAGCUUGUUUUGGAGGGUGUGCGUGCAAGACAAACAGAAGAUGCUUUGCUUAUGGAGAAGCGUAUGUUGGAGAAAGCCGUACAGCAGACCAAGAAAACUGUUGAUUUUUACGAUUACAAAGCUGGUAAAAUUGAAGAUCAGUUGAAAGGCUACUCAGAUCACAUGCAGAGACUUGCUGAAGAUAGAGUCCAGAAUGCUGCUGCCUUGGAAAACACCCAAAGAAGACUGUUAGAUGUGAGGAAGUCUUCUCAACAACUGAUGGGCAUACUCGACGAGGCACAGUCUCAGGUCGAGGGGAGUCGGGGCAGUCUUGCUCAGCUGCAGAUAGAACUAGAGAAAGAGAGGUUUGAGAGGAAAAGAGUAGAGGAAGACCUAGAUACUCUGAGGAGGAAGGCUGAACAACUAAAAUCACAAGCUGAGGGUUCCUCCGUAGCUGAAAAGCUUCGGCAGGAGCUCAAGGAAUACAAGGAAAUUCUGAAGUGCAGUGUCUGCCUUGAUAGGAGAAAAGAGGUGGUUAUCACGAAAUGCUACCAUCUCUUCUGCAGUCCUUGUGUACAAAGAGUUAUUGAGACGCGUCACCGCAAGUGCCCAGUUUGUGCUGCAAGCUUUGGGGCUAAUGACGUCAAACCCGUAUACAUCUGAUCAGAAAUUUCAAGUAAUGCUUCCUGGCAUUGACUCUAUGGUUCCAUUUGAGCCAGCCACUGUGAACCCAAAAUGAUGUUUCAGAUGUACUAUGUGUUAUCUAUCUGCUGAGAUCCUAAAGGUCCAACAUCGGAAUUAACAGAAGUUCCCCUCAAAUGAUGCUUUGCUGGUUCUGGGUUUAGAUACUGGAUCACAUUUUUUCAAUUUAUUUUUUUAUUAUUAUUGUCCCCCUCUCUUGCAAGUAGAUACAUUUUAACUUGGUGAAUGCAGAUUGAAAUCAGUUGAGUUCUCAACGUGGAGAUUUUGGAAGUGAAUAAUACUAUGAUCCAAAAAGCUCCACAUUUUCGCAGUGUGUAUGAAUUAAACCCGAACGAUGGAGCUUCAUAUGAUUUUGGUCUUAGGUUAUUUCAUGCUUUCUUGUAUAGAUCUAUGUUCCAUUUUUCAUUUUUGUUGUUACUGUGGAUUCGAAAUUGAUUUAGAGAAAUACCAAAUGUAGGUUUCAGUAUGCAAAUUUUGCAUUGUCAGGAUAUUAGCCUUUACCUUCAAAUUAUUGUUGCCCAGAUAA